CUCCCUCACACACAUACAUUUGAGAAAUGGAGGGCCCUCGGUGUAGUGGGUUGAAGCAGAGCAGGCGAUCCCGGUCUCAGAGGGAUAGGGUGAGGAGAAGGGAGGCUGCGAGCCGCAAUGCCCGGCCCCACAGCCCUUCCUCGGGCUCGGAGAGGGAAGGCAAAGGCAGGAAUACCAGCCCCGGUAAGACGGCAGCCAACCCGGCUUCAUCCCGCUCCUGCCGCCCCCCCAGACGCAAGAGAAGGGCAUCGAGCUCUCAGGAAGAGGACAUCAUCGACGGGUUCGCGAUCGCCAGCUUCACCACCCUGGAAGCUCUGGAGAAGGAUCUUGCACUGAGACCACAGGAGCGGAAUGAAAAAUGGGAGAAACAAGUUGGGAAGAAACCGAGGGAAGUAGAAAAUGGCAUGUUGGCAGAGCCAAGUGAAAAUGGGCAUGAGAAUGGCAAUGGGACUUCUGACAGAGAACGGGAUCAGGGAAGAGAACGAACAAAGAAGAAAGUUCCACUGAAGAACUUCACUCAGAUGAAGGUUUCUUCCAACCGCAAUGGCAGGAACAGCGAGGACGACAGUGUCAGAGAAGCCAACAGUUCACAGAGGAGCAGCUCCAGAGACAAGCUUAGUGAUCGGGAAAACUACCGCAAACUUCAGGAGCAGUCAAUAUGCCGAAUUCACUACCGAGGUCCACAACAGAACAAGAAGGCAACAAUUCUAUCAACAUCAACUCACAAUAAGGAGAUGUCAUUUGGUACAAAAGAUGUGCGAAUUUCAAAAGCUGAAAAGGCCUUCAGUACUCAAAGGGUUAACCUUCCAACCAAACAAAGUUCUGCUCAUUCAUUUUCAGGACGAGGAUACUCUUGUGACAGUGAGAGCGACAUCGAUGAUAAGGCGUCCGAUGUAGGCUCCGAAAAACUCUUCUCACCGGCACCAAGUAAAGGUUCAAGCUUCACUGGAAGCAGCCUGACAUCGAAUGAGAAACCUGAAACAAAGAGAUCAGGUGUUCCCAAGAUCUCGGGGCUCGAGCGUAGCCAGGAACAGAGCAAGGAGGUGCCCUUCAUCCCCCUGGUCCCCAGUCCUCCUCCGCCCGUCAUCAUCCCUCCAGUGUCCAUCGCCUGCGUUCCUCACCGCACAGCCAGCCCGGCCGUGAAGGAGGUGGUGCAUCAGACCCAGCCACGCCCGAGGCAGCCAACUCCACAGCUACAACCACCACAAGUGCAGCACCCUCCACUGCCUCCCGUCCACCCCCAGCUGCCUGCACAUCACCAGAUUCACCACCAGCUGCCUUUCAGCAGUCUUAACAGUAUCAGCAGCCGGAGUAGCAGCGCCAGCAGUGCUGCAAGCAUCAGCCUGCCCAAGCACUUAACUCCGUCCCCCCAAAUCCACCCCCACCAUUCAGCCACUCCAGUACUUCCCCUCUCCAUUCCUAACCUCGCUACCUCACACAAUUUCUCCCUGCGGCCUCCCACACUCCCGCUCCACCACGCCAUGUUUGCCACUCCGGCUACCUUGCCACCACCACCUCCUCUAACGUCAAACAGUCUUGUGGUGCCGGGCCAUCCCGCAGGACCUGGCUAUUCAGAUACCAGCCUGUUGAUAUCAUUCAACCAACCUAUCAUGUAUUGUCAGCCUCAGUCAGGAAUUCUGAUUGGAGCUUUGUCACAGGCAUCUCUGUUACCUCCACCAUUGAGUCCUCACGUAGAAAACCACCACAGCAUGACCUGCAGAAACAGGGAAUGCCAGUUUGAAAAAUAUGCACCAAAAAUCGAAAACCCAUUCUAUCGCCAUUCUAGCAUUUUCCCAUCGUACGCUCCAACAAUGCCAGGAAUGCCGCCCAUGAUUCCACAUUCAGGUCCCUUUGGGUCUCUUCAGGGAGCAUUUCAGCCUAAGACUUCCAAUCCAAUUGAUGUAGCAAGCAGACAAGGAGCAGUUCCUCACACCCUACUGCAGAAGGACCCCAGGUUGACAGACCCCUAUAGACAGACAAUAAGACUCCCAUUCAAAAGGGUAAAUCUACCUCAAAAACCACUGGGCAAGCCUGGUAAAUGGUGUGCCGUGCAUGUGCAGAUUGCUUGGCAAAUCUACCAUCACCAGCAGAAAAUGAAGCAACAGAUGUCAUUGGACCAUCACAAACUCGAGCUGGGAGGCAAACUGGAUCUGUUCAGCCGGCCCCCGGCCCCUGGCAUGUUCCCUGGAUUCUCCUACCCACAUGACCUCGCCAGGCCUCUCUUCUCCACAACAGGUAAUACGCAUCCAGCUGCAAGUCCCUUCGGACCCCAGCAUCAUCCCCACAGUUUCCUGCCCACCGGUCACCUGGCAGAUCCAUUCAGUAGAGCAAACACCUUCAGUGGCCUUGGCAACCUCAGCACCAGUGCCUUUGGAGGGUUAGGCAAUCCAGCACUCGCUUCGAACGCCAUGUUUGGUCACAAAGAAGGCCCAGGUGUACAGAGCCACAAUAAUCCUCACGAGCCGUGGAACCGGCUUCACCGAACGCCCCCGUCCUUCCCCACCCCCCCGCAGUGGCCCAAACCCGGAGAUUCUGAACGCAGUUCCUCCGUCACCAACCACGACAGAGAUCGAGAGACGGAGAAGAGAGAUACUUCACUGAAGAGCGACCGAGAUAAAGAAAGGGACGGAGUGGAUAAAAACAGACAUUCAAAUCGAUCGUCACCAGCCUCGGCGCCUGUCAAUCACCAAAUCAACAACCUCAUCCACAGCAACAGCCGAGGCAGCGCUGAUCAGAGCCGGCAUCACGGCAGCAGUGAGCGGGACCGGUCAAAGGAGCUGGAGAGAGAGCACACAGACCCCCUGAGGGAGUUACCAGGCACUGAACAUAAAAUCAAAGAGAAUCAUUCACCGGUGAAGGAAGGACAGAGCCACGAGAGACGGCUACAGGAGGAGAAUGCCAAGCCGGUGGUGAGGACCAGCUCCCCAUACAACCGAGUGCUGAGCGAGGGCCUGAAGCUCGGUAACUCUGUGAGCAAAGAGAGUGAGAGGAAGCCGGAGACUCUGUGCGAGAAGGUAAAGAACGACGUGAAGAUAAAAGAGGAGAGGAAGGAGGAUAACGAGGUGAUGGUGAUCGGGUCGGACACGUUACAGCACGCCCGGAGCAGCGAGCCCCUUCACCACCCCUCCCUACACGGACUGUCCCUGGCUCACACCAUGGGGCCUGUGCCCAUCACUGUGGGCAACGUGCACCAGAUGAACAAUAUGAAUAUGCUGGACCGUUCCCGCAUGGUGACGCCCUUCAUAGGCCCGCUGGCGGGACGGGAACGGCUGGCUCAUCCAGGCUUCUCCUGGGAUCCGGUGCGAGACCCUCUGCGGGACGCGUACCGGAGCCUUGACUUCCGGAGGAUGGAAUUCCCACUCCGCGCGGACCACAUGAACCGCUUCCCCACGGCGGCCGGCUUCUUCGAGCACGACCGCUCGUACCGAGACCGCGAGCCUCACGAUUACAACCAUGAGCACCUACUGGAGGCCAGGCGUGAGCACGAGCGCUUGCGGCAGCACGACGAGAGGGAACGCUUGCAUCUGAGGGAAGAGUUUGACCGGGCCAGGCUCCACGCCUUGCACACGUCAGCCAUGGACAGUCACUUGGCACAACUGCCAACCUUUAUGCCUCACUUAAGCGGAAUGCACUAUCCGAGGCUCAGCCCCUCCACUGCCAACCACAACGGCAUUUUAAACCGAACCCCACCCACAGCGGCGUUGAGCGCACCCCCGCCUCUGGUCCCGGCCGGCACCCCUCGCUCCACCUCUCCCCGAAGGACUACCCCACUCACCAAUUCAGAGGCCACAGACUACUCCCCCUCUCGCAAUCCAAAAGAAGUUGAGGCACGGUAGUUCUUAGAACCUGGCAAGAGUGAGGGGUCCUGUGUACAAAAUCCUGUCUCGAGCAAUGCACUGCAAACAAGAGAAAGCUGUACAUUUAUAGAAUCCAAGCACAGUUGGGGGAAAAAGGGGGUUGAAAAAAAAAGUCUGAACUUUCUUACCAGAAGAUUGCUUAUAAUUGGAAUUAAUAUAUUAUCAAUUAUAAAUCUCUAGAUUUCUUUGUGCAGAGAAUUCCGAAAUCAUGUUUGUACAUUUUUCCAAUAAUUGAAAUCUAAUUUGUACGGAUUUGUAAUCUUUUCAUUUGGCUUUGUUUGCUCUUUUAAGUUUUGUGUGUUCUGUUUCACUGGCGAUCGCAAGCCUCCAGACUAUUUUAGUAUUACCCAGGGUUUACUACGGUAUUAUUUAUCAAGAUACCAAUUUACAAUAAAGCCACUGUGAGGUUCCAUUUUGAGGCCAAAUAAAAAGUUGACUUUCCUUCAUUUACCCAAGAAAACGUCUGUAUUAUGAGCAAUGUACAAAUCUGAAUUUGUUUUGCCUUAUUACAAAUACAAUGAUAUGCAGAAGCAGAGGUCUUUGUGGUUCCUGUACAAAUGUAAAUACUCUUGUCGAUAUGCAGAACACGCUAAUUAAAUUCUUUACUUAGGUAGACUUUAUAAAAGGUUUCCGAAUCUAGAAACGGCUCACUGGAUAUUUGUAACGGUUAUUCCUAUCGUGUCACGUGCAAGUGUGCUUGGAACUCCAAUUCAAAGAAGCAUAUUCAACUUCAACUAUGCAAGAAGCACAGGCAGGUCUUUCACAAAAGGCCGUGUGAUCCAAAACUUAACAGCAGCACACGCUGGGGAGCAACCACUGUGUGCAACAGAGGACAGAACACCCUUCAUUACCCCACACCUGGAAUAGACUGCAUCACCACAGAGAGCAAGACAACUGUCGGACCAAGAAAGACACUCGGCAGAGAGAGCAAGGCUUUAUUUCUCAAAUACCAACCACAUCACAGACAAUUACGGGCAGAAAUUCUUAGCGGCUGGCAAGGACUAUUCAGUGUGGACCUUGUGUAAUUGUGCAGUGUUUUUAAUGGAAUCUGUAUACAAGACGAGUAGUAUUUUAGGAGUCAAAAAAUCUCACGGUAACAUUUCUGAAAAGAAAACGAUACUCUUAGCAAAAUUAAAUCCUUAAACAGAUGUUUCUGGCGGCGUGCGGGUCUGGACCGGACUGCUCUGCUAAGCUAAACUGUUGGUCAUAUGUAAAUUUUUGCCAUGUUUUACUUGCUGGACAAAACGAGCAGCGUCUGUGUUUAUAUAUCUGGGCUUUUACUCUGUAGUUACUUCAUACAUGAAGCUGCCAUUUCCUCCUUUCUGCUCUGUACUUUGGUUUCUGUAUUUUAAACAGACUUGAUUCCUGUAGAUCAAUGAGACAAAUACAGCAUUGAUUUUGGACAAAA